CCGUCGGGCGGGCUGUCGGUACGGGGAGGCCCCGCGCGUCCUGACAGGCGCGAGCCGGCGGGGGCCGGGGCGAGGCCCGAGGGGCCGGGGCCCUGGGAGGCGCCGCCGCCGCCGCUUUCCUGGGUGCUGUCGCCGGGAGGGCCGGGCCCUGAGAGCCGGCUCUCGUGCGGGGCCCGCAGCCGAGCGCCGAGAGCUAGCCGGCCGGCUGACAGCGUCCGGGGCCGGGCCUGCGGUGGCGGCGCGCGGCCGGGACAGCGCCAGGGCGAGGACUAAGCGGCUCGAGAGCCCGGGCCGGGGGCGCCCGGAGGACGGUCCUGCUCCACUAGGCUCCCGGGGUCGCCGGGCCCAGGCUGCGGGAUGCCCCGUGGGCGUGUGAAUCGUUGGCGGGGGCCCUGGCACAGCGGUAGUGCUGCGGGGUGGAGUCUUUCCUCGCCCCUUCCCCAAAGCCCACCGCGCUCUCCCCGUCUCCUCUCCGUUCCGUAAAGAGUGGAAUUCUAACGAAUCAUUGAUUGACCAACACCAUUUUACCAGUUGGAAUGAGUUAUCAGAAAUGGGCAUAGUGCUUUUAGAUCCAACAUGUAACAGAUGGCGAUUACUUCUUCAAGCCAACACCAUUUUUGAUUGUGUAGGAUCUUUGUGUCUUCAUCUUUAAAUUCCAGUUUCUAUUGUUGGCAAAUAAAAGGAGUUCAUGUAGUUUUUGCCCAAGCUUGAGUCACCAUGAGUAGUAGUUUAGGAAAAGAAAAAGACUCUAAAGAGAAAGAUCCCAAAGCACCAUCAGCCAAGGAAAGAGAAAAGGAGGCAAAAGCCUCUGGAGGUUUUGGGAAAGAGAGCAAAGAAAAAGAACCUAAGACCAAAGGGAAAGAUGCCAAAGAUGGAAAGAAAGACUCCAGUGCUGCCCAACCAGGGGUGGCUUUUUCAGUUGAUAAUACGAUCAAACGGCCAAAUCCAGCACCUGGGACUAGAAAAAAAUCUAGCAAUGCAGAGGUGAUUAAAGAGCUCAACAAAUGCCGGGAAGAGAACUCAAUGCGUUUGGACUUAUCCAAGAGGUCUAUACACAUAUUGCCGUCAUCAAUCAAAGAGUUGACUCAAUUAACAGAACUUUAUUUAUAUAGCAACAAAUUACAGUCCCUCCCAGCAGAAGUGGGCUGUCUAGUAAAUCUCAUGACACUGGCUCUAAGUGAAAAUUCACUUACCAGUUUGCCUGACUCUCUUGAUAACUUGAAGAAGCUGCGGAUGCUUGAUUUACGGCAUAAUAAACUGAGAGAAAUUCCUUCAGUGGUGUAUAGGCUAGAUUCUCUCACCACUCUUUACCUUCGCUUUAAUCGUAUAACUACUGUGGAAAAAGACAUCAAAAACCUGUCAAAACUCAGCAUGCUUAGCAUCCGAGAAAACAAAAUCAAACAACUACCUGCUGAAAUUGGUGAAUUAUGUAACCUCAUUACGCUGGAUGUAGCUCACAAUCAACUUGAACACCUUCCAAAGGAGAUUGGAAACUGCACACAGAUAACCAACCUUGACUUGCAGCACAAUGAAUUGCUAGACCUCCCAGAUACUAUAGGAAACCUGUCCAGUUUAAGUCGUCUUGGUCUGAGAUAUAACAGACUGUCAGCAAUACCCAGAUCAUUGGCAAAAUGCAGUGCACUUGAAGAAUUAAAUUUAGAGAACAAUAACAUUUCUACUUUACCAGAGAGUCUUUUAUCAAGUCUUGUGAAACUGAAUAGUUUGACCUUAGCUAGAAAUUGCUUCCAGUUAUAUCCAGUAGGCGGUCCAUCUCAGUUUUCCACCAUCUAUUCCCUCAACAUGGAACACAAUCGAAUCAACAAAAUCCCAUUUGGAAUUUUCUCCAGAGCAAAAGUGUUAAGUAAGCUGAAUAUGAAGGACAAUCAAUUGACAUCACUUCCCUUGGAUUUUGGAACUUGGACCAGUAUGGUAGAAUUGAAUUUAGCUACUAAUCAGCUCACAAAGAUCCCUGAGGAUGUGUCUGGUCUCGUUUCUCUUGAGGUUCUAAUAUUAUCAAAUAAUCUUCUAAAGAAGCUUCCGCAUGGUCUUGGAAACCUUAGGAAGUUAAGAGAGUUGGAUCUAGAGGAGAACAAAUUGGAAUCCUUGCCAAAUGAAAUUGCUUACCUUAAGGAUUUACAGAAAUUAGUCUUAACAAACAACCAAUUGACCACUCUUCCCAGAGGCAUUGGUCACCUUACCAAUCUUACCCAUCUUGGCCUUGGAGAGAACCUACUUACUCAUCUUCCUGAGGAAAUUGGUACACUGGAGAAUCUAGAAGAACUGUAUUUGAAUGACAACCCCAACCUGCAUAGCCUCCCCUUUGAGCUGGCUCUUUGCAGCAAGCUUUCAAUCAUGAGUAUUGAGAACUGUCCACUCAGCCAUCUUCCACCUCAGAUUGUUGCUGGGGGUCCUUCUUUCAUCAUUCAGUUCCUAAAGAUGCAGGGUCCAUAUCGUGCCAUGGUCUGAUACAAAUCUGCUGGUCCCACACACUGUUCAAAAAUAGACUGCCAUUGAUGUUUCAUAUCUAUAUCUGUAUCUAUUUAUGUAGAUAUUGAUAUAUUUGGCAGAUUUAUAAGGACUGCGUUAUGUGUUUCUGCUAAUAGAGGAAUCAUAGCCAUUUAGAUUUUUUUAAAUUCUGUACAAAAGGCUUAUAUAAGUUUUCUUUGCUGAACUUGAUGUUUUUCUGUUGUGUAAUAUAAUAUACCAGUUUGCUUAAAACAUUUGCCAACAAAUUAUGAAAUUAUUAAAUUUAAGGGCCAGAGGUAGUAUAGUUAGAUAUACUUUCUCUUAGCAAAAAUACUGGGCAAACAAUUUUGUUGCAACUUUUCAUAUAUAUUUUCCCCUUACCAAUUGUCAGAUCUUUACAGUAUUAUAGGCCCUGAAGGUAGAAUUUUUCUUUAACUUAUUUUGAAAUUUGAGAUUUGAAUUUUAUAUGUUGUUUACAGUCAGAGUAAAUCACUGGAUUUUUUUUUUUUUUUUUUUUUUUUGGUUUUGAUUUGCUCUGUUUUGAUCAGUGAAGUCUAGAGUUUAUAUCCUCUGCUAAAGAAUUUGCAUCAGCUGACUUAAAUAUUAAAAGAUAUUUGCUUGUUGAAACAACUGGCAAAGUGAAAAGAUACAGUCAGAAAUUCUAGAAUUCCUUUAAUUGUGUUUCUCUGAUCAAUUGUGAAGCAGAAUAGCUGAAGUGAGUCUUUGGGUUGGGGGAGGGUAUUGAGACCUUUUCUAGUAUAAAUAUCUUUUCUUAAGUUUGGGGGAACAGAAACUUGUAGUGCACAGGAGUUUUCAUUCCUGAAAGUUGCAGAUCCACAAAAACUAACAGAAUAAUUUGGCAAAAAAAGAAAAAGAUACACAUAAACACACAUUCUAUAUAUGUAUAUACAAUGCUAUAUAGAUAUGUAUUUAUUAUAUCAUAAACUAUGAUAGGUAACUUUAAGGAUUUUUCCCUAGCAUUGUACAAUGAAAUGAAUGUUUUUCUUUGAACACUGCAAUAUAUGUAUGUUUCAAGGUUAUUUAACAGUGUACUAUGGUUUUAUAUCUUGCCUUGCCUUGUACAUCUUUCAGUUCUGGAAUAUCUGCGUCUAAGCACAAUAUCUUCACACUGUGCUAUAUUGCUGCUGAACUAAAUGCACUUUUCCCCACAUGUGGGGCACUGGCUUCAAACAAUUCAGUUCAGUACCAUUGAUUUCAAUCUCAUCUUUCCUUUUUUUGGUAGUUGUUAAUACAGUUAUGGAAAAGAGCACAUUGCAUAGAAGCCAUUGAUAGUUCAGUGGAAGUUCUGUAAGAUAUGCAUGUGCUAUUUGGUAUAUUUUCUUUUGCUUUACUGCUUUUAAGGCUAGCAGUAUUGUAAAUGUGUGCCCCUUAUCAUGUACUCUUACUUUUGGUAGUAUCAGUCUAAGUCGAUUUAAUUACUGAAAAGACUCACAGAGCAAGUGCAUUCUAGAUAUCAUCCUAAAAAACACUUCCCAUAUAAUGAAUAACUAUUAUGUAUAAUUACAUAUUGCUGCUUGGUUUUCUUUUUCUUUUUUUUCCCAUUUAGAUGGGCAUUGUAUUUUAAAUAAAACAAUUUUUGAAGUAAGGUUAUAACAUUAAGAUAGAAAUUUGGAGUGUUGUUUUGCUUUUCCUGGCACUCAAAAUCAGGACUAAGUUUGAGGUUCAACCUAUAGUUGUAUUUGGCAGUUUUUAAAGGAGCAACUAAGAAAUGGAAGGCAGGUAAAGAUAUAAAACCGUAGAAUGCUUAAAUGUGCUGUAAAACUAUUGUAGAUGUCACUGGAUUUUACCAAGUAAUAUCCUUUCUUCUUUUUUUCCAUCUACUGUGGCUUUUCAGUUAAAAUUGUGUUUAUAAAAGGAAUUUGUUUAUUACAGCUCUACCU